CACUCCUGCGCACUCCUUUUGCUUGUUCACACAUGCACUCGGCUUCCCGCUGCACACACACACACCCAGCCACCGUCUUCUCCGCUGACCGCGCAUAUCAAAGAGUUUAAACUUGGACAUCAGAGGAGUUUGGACUGAAGAGCGUCUGUGUGAGUUUGUGGCAGCAGCAGCAGCAGCAGCAUUGACCGAUGAGAUAAAAACCAGGACGAAUCGGGUCAUUUUGUUCCUCCUGGCUGCUGUGGGAGACUCGGAGUAACUUUUUCUCACCUAAGGACCUGCUGCUGCUUCUCCUGACGCUGACGACUUACUCGACAGGAUGACAUGGCGUCCUCAGUACCGCAGCUCAAAGUUUCGGCACGUGUUCGGGAAAGCUGCCACUAAGGAGAACUGCUACGAUGGUGUGCCGAUCACGCGCAGCGUCCAGGACAACCACUUCUGCGCUGUCAACCCUCGUUUUGUCGCCAUCAUCACAGAGUGUGCCGGGGGAGGGGCCUUCCUGGUGUUGUCGGUCCAUCAUACAGGUAAAGUGGACCCUCACCACCCUCGAGUGUCGGGCCACAGAGGAAACGUUCUAGACAUCAAAUGGAAUCCCUUCAAUGAUUUCUGCAUCGCUUCUUGCUCCGAGGACACUACGGUGAAAGUGUGGGAAAUCCCACCUCAUGGCGUGCUGAAGAACCUUACGGUGCCGUGGAAAGAGCUGCAGGGUCACAGCCGCAGAGUGGGCAUCAUCGAGUGGCAUCCAACGGCUAACAAUAUCCUCUUCAGCACCGCCUACGACUACCAGGUCAUGAUCUGGAACCUGGACUCUACAGAGCAGGUGAUAAAGAACCCCAUCCGCACCAUCAAGCACCACACCGAUGUGGUCCUUUCCAUGUCUUUUAACACGGAUGGGAGCCUCCUGGCCACCACCUGCAGGGACAGGAAGGUCCGGCUGAUGGAAGCACGCUCAGGAAAUGUGCUGCAGGAAGCAAACUGCAAGACGCACAAAGCCAGCAAGGUGCUAAUCCUAGGAAACAUGAAGAUGCUCUUCACGUCCGGCACUUCACGCUACAACGAUCGACAGAUAGCUCUGUGGGAUCAGGAUGACCUGUCGGUGCCUUUGUUGCUGGAGAACCUGGACGGUUCCUCAGGGGUUCUGUUCCCAUUCUACGAUGCUGACACACACAUGCUCUACCUUGCUGGGAAGGGGGAUGGAAACAUCAGAUACUAUGAGAUCAGCUCAGAAAAACCCUACAUCCACUACCUGACAGAGUACCGCUCACACUCACCUCAGAAAGGAAUGGGUGUAAUGCCGAAAAGAGGCCUGGAUGUCAGUUCAUGUGAGGUUUUCCGGUUCUACAAAGUGGUGACAGUCAAGAGUCUCAUUGAGCCUCUUUCUAUGAUCGUACCCCGAAGGUCCGAGUCGUACCAAGAAGACAUCUAUCCAAUGACGGCAGGUAACAGACCAGCGCUGACUGCAGAGGAGUGGCUCAGUGGGCUUGAGAAAGGACCCGUUCUCAUGUCUCUGAAGCCUGGAAGUGAACUAACGGAGCCUUUGUCAGAGAUGAAGGGGCUUGCAAACUCCCAGGACACUCGCAGGUUUCAGAGCAGACCGGGCAUGCUGCAGCUCUCAUACAUUCAGGAUCAACUGGAAGCCACCAAAGAAGCGAGCGACCGGGCCGAGGACGACAGGAGUCGAACGCCUGUGAGCAACGGGGACGACCUGGUGCUUUGCUCACCUCCGAGGACAGAAAAUGAGCUGCGUCUGAAGUUCCUCAAGCAGCAGGAGGAGAUCCGACGGCUGAGAGAGCUCCUCAACCAAAGGGACGUGCGCGUCAAACAGCUCGAGCUGGAAAUUAAGAACAUCAAGAACUCCCAGACACAGAGCUAACUUUAAGAGCUUCCCAACAUUCCCAAUAAGCUGAGCUGCUCCCACUUCCUGACGGGACAUAUCAGCUCAAACCUCAAAAUCAGAACCACCUCUUUCUUUAAAACUUCCCAGCUCUCCUGAGACUCAAACUCCGACUUUGUGUUUAUAGCCAACGUGGCACUCAGUGCACAUAUUCUUUGUUCAUGUACAUCAACUUUUAAAGCUGCACCAUUUUACCUUUAUCCCGUUUAUUUUGUACACUUCACUGCUAUGCAAGUUUACUGUAAUAUUUUGAGCUUUUUUAUUCCUUCUGUAGCUGACGGACAAACGGGCAUUUGAGCCCAAAUCAUCCGUCUGCAAGCCAACAGCGCUGGAUACAUUUUAUUUUGUGCUUGUUGAUUAUUUUUUCCUGUAUUUAAACUGCUGUUGGUGGACACAGCUGUGGUGUUUAAAUCAUGAAUGUGAGCUUGAAUGUGUAAGAGCAAAAUGAAAGACCCACCUGUGCUCUGCCUUUUUAUAAAGAUGCAGUUCUUUUAAUUCCAGCUUUUAUUUCGAAAUCGUCUGGAGCCAGAUUAAUUUCGCAGGAGUUAACAUCUAAGCUAAAUCUGUAACGGAUGCCAUGUAAAAGUUUUGAACCGGAUUUUUAUAUUUAUUUUAAAAUGUGGGCACAUAAGGCAUAUUUUAUUCAGGAAUUUGAAUCCCAGGAUGUGAUUAUGGCAAAUAAUGAAGACAAAAUCUAAAAAAGUAACCAAAUCCUGUUUUUAUUAUUACUAUUUGUUUUUUUUUGCAAUGAAAAACCUCAUGACUUA